AAACGUUUUUAAAGCAAACAAGAACGGGUCGUCCUCGAAGCGUAUAUAUAUCGAAGUUGAAGAUGAUCGCAAGUCAUUCCGUUCCAGAAAUAUAAUGUGGUCAGUUGUGUGUUUUCUGGCUUUUACGGGUGCCGUCCUUAUUCCAAAAGGCUGCAAGAAUGUCACAGUAUGUGAUCAGCUGCAGUGGUCAGAAUGGACAACAUGCAGUCAGUCAUGUGGCGGAGGGUCACAGACCAGGAAGCGAGAUAUCUGUGGUUUACCUGAAUGGGGCGAAGAGGAAGUAGAGGAUCGUUGUUGGAAACCAUUGCGAAUAGAACACAGAUUUUGCAAUACGGAGUGUCUUAACGACGGCAUGUACGUUGGUGAUGUCUGUACAUGCAAACCAGGAAAGACCGGUAUAUGCUGUGAAAAUGAAGGCCUAAUGUCGUUGGGGAGCCUUGCAAAAUCAAAAGAAAAGGCGUCUUUAUUCCUCCGGGAAAGUGGAAGUCGAUCAAAGAGGGAUGACCACAUUGACGAGGAAUGUCGUGAAACAGGCUCUUGUACUUUUGAGGAAGUGAACGAAUGGAUCCAUUACCGUCACAUCCACAAAAGUGUGUGUCAGUGGAUGAAAGACAGGCGAUGCAGUGAAAAAGGAUGUGGAUCAGGAUACCUCUGUUAUACGACCAAUGCUGAUUGUUCCAAUUUAAGUCAUUACCAAGUGGGGUGUUCAGAUAUCAACGAAUGUAACAGUAACCCAUGUAUGCACGGUGGAACAUGUCACAAUUUAGGGAAUAGGUUUACGUGUUCUUGUCCGGAUGGGUAUCACGGAACACGAUGCGAAUACGAUAUCAACGAAUGUAACAGUAACCCAUGUAUGCACGGAGGAAGAUGUCACAAUUUACUAAAUAGGUUCACGUGUUCUUGUCCGGAUGGGUAUCAUGGAACACGAUGCGAAUACGAUAUAAACGAAUGUAACAGUAGCCCAUGCAUGCACGGAGGAACAUGCCACAAUUUAGUGAAUAGGUUUACGUGUUCUUGUCCGGAUGGGUAUAAUGGAGCACGGUGCGAAUACGAUAUAAACGAAUGUAACAGUAGCCCAUGUAUGCACGGAGGAACAUGCCAUAAUUUUGUGAAUAGGUUUACGUGUUCUUGUCCUGAUGGAUAUAAUGGAGCACGAUGCGAAUAUGAUAUAAACGAAUGUAGCAGUAACCCAUGCAUGCACGGAGGAACAUGCCACAAUUUAGUGAAUAGGUUUACAUGUUCUUGUCCGGAUGGAUAUAAUGGUGCACGAUGUGAAUACGAUAUAAACGAAUGUAGCAGUAACCCAUGUAUGCAUGGAGGAACAUGCCACAAUUUAGUGAAUAGGUUUACGUGUUCUUGUCCGGAUGAGUAUUAUGGAACACGAUGCGAAUACGAAAAAUGUACAGAAUCACCCAAUAUCAUAAACUGCCCAGAUGGAGUACAAGAACUUAAUUUCACUAAACUGACGGAAAAUAUAACUUUCUCAUCAUUUGAUCAUCUUCCUGGUAUAUACGGACAAAGUUGUGACGGCGAGAGAUUGGCGGUCAACUUUCCAGAGACAGAACUCACGUGGAGCCGUGAAAUACAAACUAUUACACUGACGGCUAAUGAUAACCGAGGACAUUCCACGUCGUGUGUUCUUAGUGUCGAAAUGAAAGAUAUGAUCCCACCAUCGUUCUUGGAUUGUCCCUCAGUGGACAUUGUGCAGUAUGGUUCUAAUGGGGGUUCUCUUGUCACGUGGUCACCAAUACAUGCUGAAGAUAAUUCGGGAAACGUCACAGUCUCAAGUAGCAACAGUAACGGGGAAUUUAUGAAGUUUGGAAGUCAUUUAAUUUCCUACAACGCAGCUGAUGAAUUCGGAAACACUAACCAGUGUAACUUCACUGUCACUGUGAAGAAAUUACCAAAGAGUGUAUGUGAUAUCCCACCUCAAGUAUUUCAUGGAGUAAUCUCCUGUCAUGACGGUCACACUUUAAGUUGUGGUAUAGACCGAUGUGAACCAGGAUAUCUACAGACAAACACCACAAAUCACGUUUGUAGCAACGGCAUUUGGAAACCACAGUUCUCGGCAGAAUUUGCCUCUUCGAGUUGUAUUAAACCUGAACCGACUCACUUGGAAAGAAACUACACAUUUAGAUUCACCUGUCCCAACCUGAAAUUCAAUCCAAUUGCCCUAAGAGACUGUAUACAACAAUCAGAUCUUUGUCCAACGGGUGAUAUUUUACUCUGUGACAAGCCUUUCCAGCGGAUAGAAGGGAAACAUCUCGCCUCUAACGAUCUCCAGAUCUGGACAACACUGGAGGGAAUAUUGCCGUAUGAAGCAAAUAGAAAUGAUCUUAUAAACCGAAUGGAUCGCCACGGACAUUCAAUCAUCGCGUAUUUCAAAAAUGGAAACUUCAAGCAAACAUGUCAUCAACUUAAGUGCCACUUCGAAGACAUCAAAGCCGAUCCUCUUCGAGAAGUUUGCGUAUAUGGGACGGUUGAAUUUAUAAUACAUGGAAAAAGAAUGUGCCGGAAAUGUGGACCUGGUUGGUUCUAUGAUGGUGGUGAUUGUGUCCAGUGCUCGGAAGGAUUUUAUCAGGAUCAGUAUGGCCAAAGUGGAUGCAAAAAAUGUCCUGAUGGAACCACAUCAGUCAUGGGAACAUUUAUCAAGUCAAGAUGCUUUGUGAAGGUCAUAGUUGAGAAGCAGACUUCCUCCUUUCAUACAUUAACGAUUGUGGGGAUAUCUAUAUCGGGGUCACUACUGAUUGUUUUCAUUGUCUUGAUUGUGAUGGUCAACAAAUGGAGAAUGUCUGCCAAUAGAACAAAAUCUGAUAAUAAAGGAAGAACUGAAGAACAUGCACACCAUACUGCGUUUGACGAAACUCUAUCCGAAGUCUAUGACGAAAUAAAAGAGGAUAGAGUGUACGAGGGAUACAUAAAUCACAAAUUGGGAAAAUCAGAUAAAGAUGGUGAAUAUGAAUCCCUGCCUGGAAGACGACGCGUUGAAAACCCCUAUACAAUAAUGAGUUGGAGGAAUUACUGAGAGAGUGUUAACUAUAAUGUUUGGUAUCUUAACAAUAUACAUUGAUACACUUUAUUCAGUGGUUAACACGUGUUUAUAUAUGUUUAUUAUAUCUGUUUAUAUAAAGCGGCUUUAAGAUCUUGUGAAUAAUUCAUGUUGACGUAUUUCACACAUAAAGGAAAUUGUAUUAAAAGUAAUUCAUGUAUUGGCAAAAUUGUUUUUGUAUAGUAAUAAAUGUACUGACAUCU